AUGGAUUUGAAAGACGUUUUUCACUGGACAAAAAUCGUUUACCUCGCAUUUGGAAUUGUUUUUUUAACUUCUGGAAUAUUGAUUAACAUCGUACAAUUUUUCCUAUACGUUACAAUAAAUCGUUUCGACAAACGUUUGUUCAGAAAAAUCAAUUACUAUUUAAAUUAUUCGUUAUUUUCACAAAUUGUUUUUCUACUUCAAUACUGGGCGGGAAUAAAAGUUAUGGUUCACGUGAAAAAAUCAGAUUACGAUAAAUAUUUUGGAAAAGAAAAUGUACUUUUGAUAAUGAAUCACACGUACGAAAUUGACUGGUCGAUCGGUUGGGUUUUGUGCGAAAAUUGUCGCAUGCUUGGAAAUUGCAAAACGUUUGCGAAAAAAUCAAUUCAAUAUAUUCCGACACUCGGUUUUGCAUGGAAAGUUGGAGGAAGUAUAUUUUUGGAAAGGGUUUGGGACAAAGAUAAAAGCGUUUUCGGAAGUGCGCUCAAAGAACUCAUGACGUACGAGGAUGUUUUUUGGCUUUUGUUAACGGCCGAAGGAACUAGGUUCACGAAAGAAAAACACGAAGCGAGUAAAGAAUUUGCCAAAAAAAAUGGUCUUCCCGAGCUCCGACAUCAUUUGACGCCGAGAACGAAAGGUUUCACAAUGUCAUUACCUCACAUAAGAAAAAGUAUUCCAGCCAUAUACAACAUACACAUCGGAGUGAAACCGAGCGAUGUAGAACCUUCGCUGAGAAAUCUUUUACUAAGGAAACCAUUAACGACAGGACUUUACGCCGAAAGGAUUCCAAUGUCUGAAGUACCCGAAACGGAGGAAGAACAAAUUACAUGGUUGCACAAUCUCUACAAGAAAAAGGACGAAGCUUUUCACAGUUACCUGAGCACCGGAAGUUGGUUCGAAUUAUCAAACAUUGAAGAAUGUCAGGGUUUUUACCUUCCUCGUAGAAUAUUUCCAGCCAUCAAUUUUGCAUUUUGGUGUAUCGCCAUAUUGGUACCAUUGGGAUACUUGUUGAUAAAACUUCUCAUAUCCGGAAGCCUCGUGUAUUUUUGCACAGCCUGCGCCAUAUUAGCAUCUUUUCUCGUUUUUUUCGACAAAAUUCUGGGAGAAACGAAAAUAAGUCAAGGUUCGACGUACGGCGUGAACAAAGGAAACGGAAGUGGAAAAACGAAAGGUUAA